UUUCACACGCUGGCUCGCUAGCUUGUCAACAGGACAAAAAUCACAUUUGAGACAGAAUUCCUGGCAUCCACCGAGAAAAUGUCUGCCGCAAAAGUCAAAAUGCGAAAGAAGAAACUGAGAAACCAGCCCGCCAGUGUGCAGUUUGUAUCCUCGUCUGUUCGUGAGGAGGGCAGCCCCCAUCCCAACGGUGGAGGUGGUGAUGGUCCAUCUGACAAAGAUCCACUUUCAGUUAGAAAGAAGAGCUCCCACCAACAGACUGGGUGGGUCCGUGGACACCAGAAAGAUGGUGGAGUCUAUGCUGACAAGAUGCCUCAGUAUAUUACUGCUGGAGUUUUUGCCAGGGCCAGGGCAGCAGAGGUAAGAGCCAUGCUGAAAGCUGUUACCAAGACCACAGGCAGCUGUCAUGUCUUUGGAGUGCUGCCAAAACAUAUGAGAAGAAGAGCAAUGAGCCACAACACCAAGCGUCUUCCUUGCCGCCUGAGAGAGAUGGCCAACAAAAUGAGGGAGAAAUGCUUGCAGGGCAGCUUUAAAAAAAAGGCGCACUCUAAGAACAAGAGCCGAAAAGCUCGUCGCCGUCACGGAAACAUGCUGCUGGAGUUCAACCGGCGGCAGAGAAAGAAUGUGUGGUUGGAGACGCACAUUUGGCACGCAAAGCGCUUCCACAUGGUAAAAAAGUGGGGCUACUGCCUAGGGGACAGACCCACCUUGAAAUGCUACCGCCCCUGCUACAGAGCCAUGAGCACUCAUUGUCUGCUGCAGGACCUGACUUACUACUGCUGCCUAGAGCUCCAGGGAGAGGAAGACAAGCUACUGGAUUGUCUGUCACAACUGACCAGCAAGGAGACUGGCCCUACAUUUGCUCAACGGUUGUGUCUGUCAGGACAAAGACAAGGUAGCGUGGUGUUGUACAGGGCAGGACAGUUCCCCUCGCAGCCUUUGGGCCCGGUCACAUUCCUCUGGAGACCCCGUUCCCUGGGCUCAGUUCACAGGCAAAUGUGGACUUGGGUUCAUCCCACUCUUAAACAAGACAUCCUCAGUGAGUUCCUAAGUGUGUGUCAGUGUCAUGAGGCUGUGGUCCCGCUGCCCAUGUCAUAUGGUACGCGCACAGAGGCAAUCUCCACCACAGAUUCAGAACCGAAGCCUGAUGGAGCCCCUGAAAUCAAGCAGGCACCUGGGACUAAGAGGAAGCAAAGCCAAAAGGAUGCCAGUGGACCUCCUCCUAAGAAGCUCUUUGGUGAUGGCACCAGAUCACCCGACACCCCUGUUACCUGGAAAUCCAACUCAACUGGAAUAUUAAUCAAUGAUCUCACAAUGGAGAUUGUAAGAUACCGCCUGAUUGGACCGCAAUCCCAUUCUGUGCUGGCAGAUGCUUUGGAAGCUGCUACAAACUGUGAUGAUAUGAGCAAAUCCCAGCCCUCCUGCCUCUGGUGGCCUGAUCACUGCAAAGAUGAGCAUAAGAUGAAGCUCCAUCAGCAACAAACCGAUGUCUUUCACUUACUGAAAGGCAUCUACUCAACUGCAGAGCUCCCACCUGGCACAGUGCUGGGGCUGACAGUUGAUGACCCGAGGCUUAAUAUACCGGCAAAGAGGGUUAAAGCGUUGCCCUGUGUAAAGGAGACACAAGAGGUGGAUGACGACAAGAGAAGGGCGCUGUCUUUGGGCGGUGUACCAGAACACUGUUGUCAGAGUUUCCUCUGGGAACAGUCUGUUCGCAACAAUGUCACAGAGAAAAAAAUUUCAGAGCAGGACUUGAACCGUAUGAGGAGCGAGGUUCUCGUGCCCGGGUCGAGGCUUAGCCCUAUUCCCCCACAGUGUCGAGUGCCCAUCCUGCUGGUUCACCAGCCUGGCAAGCAGGAGGGACAUGAGAUGAAUUCGUGGGGUGUCGGAUGGGACCUGUUGCUUCCUAAAGGCUGGGGCAUGGCUUUUUGGAUCCCACUGGUGUACAGAGGUGUUCGCAUUGGUGGACUAAAAAUGAGUCUGACACACUCGCAAAAUAAAGGUGUUCCUCACUUCCCCAACGAUUACCCAGACUGCCCUGCAGGAGCCCGUUUUCAAGAGGACCAAGAGUCUGAGCUGCUUGAAAAGUUCAAAAGACGUCCACCUGCCAAAAGAACCAAUUACAUUAAACAUGGCUGCCUGGCUCCAUUCUGUUGCCCUUGGCAACAGCUGGCUGAGGAGUGGGAUGUUAUUGGAAGUGAUGGAGAGGAUAAAAAAGGACACAUCCAGGCUAAAAGCACAUUGCGGGGUGAUACAGCAAUCCAAUCUGAGAUAAUGUCACAUCACGAAGUCCCUGCGACAAAGCUGCAAACCCACUUCACUGUCCUGAGGAACAGGAAGUCUUUGAGGCUUCUCUCUAGUUGGUGCAGACCCACUUCAUGUAAAGGUCAGAGGUUGUACUGUGUCAAGGAAAUGCCACCUCUGGACCAUGCUGCAAAGAUGUCAUUCCAAGCAAGUCAUGGGAUGAGUCUGGUUUGGGUACGUCUGUCACUGUUGUUGAAGGGUAAACCAGACCCCCAUGCCAUGGUGUGUGUGCCAACUGCAGAUGACCUCAAGCUGCUGAACCAAGGGCCUGUCAGUAGCGGCCCUCAGGAGCCCCCCCAUAAGGACCACUUGAAAAGCACGAUCAAACGUAGUAAGAAGGGUGCCAAGAAAAGGGCUUCUGAUAAAAGUAAAAGUAAAGACACUCCCUCAGCCUCUGAUCAGAAGACCACCACGUUUGAGAAGCCCCAGUCAUCUUCUCCUUCUCCUGCUUCUGAUUUUGUUUUGGGAGUGUGGCCGAAUCCCCUGCCGAGUGUCACCUCUCACUGCUCCCGACUGACGCUAGGCUGGGUGACUCAGGCCGACUUCUCCCUGUCUGCAGGGAGUGGGGAGGCUCUCGGCUUUGUGAGUGUCACCGGCCUCAUUGGCACACUCGUCAGUCAGCCUCUGGAACACAGAGGAACGGUGCUGCUACGCAACCCCAUGUCCCUACAGUACCGCUUUGCUAAAAUUAACAUAGAAGUUUGAGUGGAACAUAUGCUGAACUUGCUUGAUUUUGAGGCAAAUACAUUUUUCGGUUUAUGGGUAACUGAAAAGCGCUCAUAAAACAUAGCAUCAUGCAACUUUGUCAUCGGUCUUUGCGCAGUGAUCGAACUGAAACCCUAUGUCUUUAAUUUGUGUAGGCUGUAAAAUAAGAUGACUGGUAAUAUAAAUGACAUUUUGCAUUUGCUAGACAAAUACUCGAGUGCCGGUCAUGGUCAAGUUCAUCUAUUACCAUUUUAGUUAAGUACAUUUCUUGUAUUGUGUCUAUUUUACAUGCAGAUGGAAUCUGUCAGUACUAGGAUUUUGAUUUCAACAUUUCAUUGAAAACCAAAUUCCAUCGCAUAGAAUAAUUUUUUUUUUUUCCAUUGAAGUUAAUAAAAGACCCAUAUAUGACUGUUCAGAUGAUUACUACGCACGUAUGUAAUUGUUGGUACCCCCCUGCUAAAGGAAAAACAAAACAAAACAAAACAUGGC